AUGUCUAGUGAAGAGACAAAACAAACGACCGCUCCAGGGGAGGCGCAAACUCAAGCUCCUGCUGCUGAACAAACGCAAGCUCCUGCCCCGGCGGAGGAACUGAACCCAGAUGGCACGCCUCUGUCGGACAAGCAGCGCCGUAAGCGCGCUGAGAAGGCAGAAAAGGAACGCAUUAAAGCGGAAAAGGCAGCGCGCCUUGCCGCAGAGCAGGCUGCUAGGCAGGCUGCUGAAGUGGACUAUGCGACAGAGAACUAUGGUCCCCUCCCGAUGAACCAGUCGCAAGAGCACACUAACCGUCAAUUAUUUGCAAUCGAGGAUAUCCACCCUGACAAGGAUGGUCAGCCAAUUACCCUUGUCGCACGUUUGCAGACAAGCCGUGCUCCUUCGGCAAAACUAGUCUUCUUCAACCUCCGUCAGAGCAUGCAGUGUGUUCAGGCGACCAUGGCAGUGACCCCAGAGAAGAUUUCGCGCCAAAUGACCAAGUGGGCUGCGUCGGUCACGCCUGAGUCACUGGUGUUGAUUGAAGGUACCAUUUCCAAGGUACCGAAGCCUAUUGAGUCGCCUUCUGUGACCAUCAAGGAUGCGGAGGUGAAAAUUUCUAAGAUGUUUGUGCAGGUCCCUGUGACAUGGGAGGGUCAGAUUCCAUUCUACGUUGACGAUGCUACGCGAUCGGAUGCAGAGAUUGAGGCAUCGCAGAACACGCCACGCCCUCUUCCUCCGAUUGCGCUGGACACGCGAUUGGACAACCGUGUACUGGAUCUGCGUACGCCUACGAACCAGGCGAUUUUCCGCCUGAACCAUGGUGUGUGCAAGCUGUUCCGCGAAUUCUUGGAGAACAAUGGCUUCAUUGAGAUCCAUACCCCGAAGCUGCAAGGCGCUGCUACUGAGAGUGGUGCGUCUGUGUUCAAGGUGGAUUACUUUAAGGGCAAGGCUUUCCUAGCGCAGAGUCCCCAGCUGGGCAAGCAGAUGGCCAUAUCCGCCGACUUUGGCCGUGUGUAUGAAAUUGGCCCUGUGUUCCGUGCGGAAGACAGCAACACGCAUCGUCAUAUGACCGAGUUUACCGGCCUUGACUUGGAGAUGGCGUUCCAGGACCACUACCAUGAAGUGGUGGACCUGUUGAACCAGUUGUUCAUGUUCAUCUUUAGCGAGCUUCCUAAGCGUUAUGCCACAGAGAUUGCCACGAUCCGCCGUCAAUUCCCUGCGGAGGAGUUCCUGGUGCCGGAGAAGCCUGUGCGCCUGGACUUUAAGGAGGGUGUGCAGAUGCUCCGUGACGCUGGCUACGAUAUUAACGAUCUAGACGACUUGAGCACAGAAACGGAACGUGCCCUUGGUAAGCUUGUGCGCGACAAGUACCACACAGACUUUUAUGCAUUGGACAAGUUCCCGCUGGAUAUCCGUCCCUUCUACACUAUGCCCGACCCGAAGGACAACCGUUACUCCAACUCUUAUGACUUUUUCAUGCGCGGUCAAGAGAUCUUGUCGGGUGCGCAACGUGUACACGAUGCCAAGUUCUUGGAAGAACGUCUGGCUGCAGCCAAUAUCCCUGUGUCGGCUAUGAAGCAUUAUGUGGACGCGUUCCGUCUGGGUACGCCGCCGCAUGCAGGCGGUGGUAUCGGUCUAGAGCGUGUCGUCAUGCUGUACUUGGGUCUGGGCAACAUUCGCCGUGCCAGCAUGUUCCCUCGUGACCCCAAGCGCCUGGAGCCCUAA